AUGGGGUACCGGAGCGCGGACUGCCGCUGCAUUUCCCUUCAUCCCAGGCCACAGGAGACCACCGGCGUCCCCGCGGGCAGCGCAAGCCUCGGCUCUGUCCUCCUUCUGCCACCGAAGCGACCACUCUGCUCCUGGGCGGGGGAGCAGAUCCCCCGAGCCGCAGGCGCCCCCAUCCAUGCCAGCGCGCCGAGUGUUGGGGGCCGGGGCGGGAGAGGAGACUGGGGACGGACACCGUCCAGGCAACCGCGCCGCCCCCGGGUAGCCCCGCGCCGCCGGCGAGACACGCUUGGCGCCCACCGCGAGCGGCCACCGUGCCCAGUCCCACCGCGCACCCUGCUGCGCCCCUCGCAGCCCCUGCCGCGGCUGCCCCCAGCCACUGCACCACUUCCAGUGCCGCUCCACGUCCAGCACCGCGCGCCUCUCCGGGUCCCUACACCGCGUGGCCCUCCACAUGCCUCUCCUGCGGCUGCCCCCACCUCAGGACCUUACAGGUGCCUCGACUCUCAUUACCGCGCACCCCUCCAGGACCCUGCCGGGCCCCGCUCUUCCUGCGCCCCUCACGCACCCCUCCAGGUUGCCGUGCUUCCACGCCCUACCCCUGUCCCUGCGGCGCUCCAACCCCACCUCUCUUCUCUCCACUCGCCCCCUGUGAUGGCGCACGCGCGUGGGUCGCUGGGCAGGGGGCACUUCUGGCUGCUGUGGGCUCCUAGCCGGCUGUUUUGGCCCCUUCCAUCUUUCCCUCCAGUCCAGCUGCGACCUGGUAAGGCGCCUUGGGCUUGGAGCGCAGGUACGAAGCUGCGGCUCUUCCCACCUCGGAUCCUGGUCCUUCAAGAUCGCAGGAGUCCUCGCCUUCCCAUUCUGGGCUGUUUUAGGGAGUUCCUGCUGGGCGAAUGGCUUUCCACUCGCGACCCCCGAGGACUUCAGAAGCAGCACCCUUUGCUCUCUGAAGCUCCUGCAAGGCCAGGCCCUUGUCAGACCGCUAGGAGGCACUCCUCGGAUUUUGCAGACAGCGCUCUCAUAAAAGUCAUGCUGAAAUAUAACAACUGACUAUGCCAGCAGAGGGUAAGGAUGCAAACUGGGAAUGCACUGUACAAACGCGCGGAAGUCAUCACCCUUCUCCUGGGACAGCUUCGAUCCUGAAACCAAGAGCUCAUACUGGAAACGAAAGUGGAGCCAAGACACUCUGAAGCUGGCAAGUCAAGUGGAGGAUGGCCCAAGUCCCUGGGCCCCUGCACCUGAGUGGGAAGACGCAGAGGAAGAUCCUGACUCCUGGCUUCGGAUUGGCACAGCUCCGGCCAUUGCAGAGUGAAUCAGCAGAUGGAAAACCUCUCUCUCUCCUCUCUCUGUGUAACUCUGACUUUCAAAUAAAUAAAUCUUAAAAAAAAUUAAUGACUGAAAACUCUCCACAUUUGAUAUAAAUAAUUAAACUAAACAUUCAAGCAGCCUAGCAUUCUACAAGUAUGAUACACACUGGGAGACAUGGUCACAAUGUUGAAAGCCAAAUACAAAGGGAUCUUGAUAACAGCAAGAGAAAAAUCAAGUACACUAAGAUUAACAUCUCAUCAGAAACAACAGGGUCCAGGGUGCAGUAGGGUGACAUGCUGAGUGCUGAGAAGAAAAAAACACAAAACAAAGAAAAACUUCUGCCAACUAAGAGAUCGAGCAAAAUCCACUUUCAAAAAUCACACAAAAUAAAGAUUUCUGAAGA